GUGAUUGAUUUUGCAAUUUUAGAAAUAAGGCGACGAUCCUCUCGUUGCCUGAAAUACUAGUACUUAGUAGUAGUAAUACUGAAUACUAGUACUAGUAGUAGUUGCUAAUAUGCCAGAUGUAGAAGUUGACCCUCGUCGCCCCGAUAGGGUUAGACGCUUCAAGCGCUCUGACUUGAACAGCCGCGUGGACCCGACCUCUGAAUACAUGAAUUUCUUCGCCAUGGCUUUGAGCAUGAUGGGACUUAUGUUGAGGAUGAAGUGGGCAUCGUGGGCGUCCCUCUUCUGUUGCUGUAUGGCAUACGCUAACGCACGCUCUAGUGAGGAUACCAAGCAUGGCUUCAGUGGUUUCAUGCUGGCAUCAUCUUCUAUUCUAAUGUCCUACAUGAGUAAUCCGGAGCCAAUGCGAUCAUUAUGGUAGCACCAGUGUCUGUGCAGUGCAUGCAUGCUAGGAACACUAUAUUUUGUUAAUAAAUUCCAUGAAAAGAACUGAGAGCCGUGCUUUAGCUCCUUUCCCUUGACAUUAUCACGAUACUUCCAUGUCAACUCCUGUACAUGACUGUACACGUAGUGCUGCGCAUCAAACGAUAGACUAGCCACCAGUUACCCAGCUUUGUUCAUUGGUUCAUUUUGCACAAAAUAGCACGCAGAUUGUAUAUUUUUGAUUUUCAAACCUCAGCUUUAAAGAGUGUUAGAUUCGGUUGCUUUCGGCAACCACCCGGUA